GUCCAUCCAGUGUUGAUGGUGAUUGGGCUUGUUCUGAUCAAUGGUGAAGGGAUGCUUGCAUACAAGACAUUAUCUGGAACAAAAAGCUUCAGAAAAACAGUGCAUCUCACAUUGCAGUUUCUGUCUCUAAUUUUGAGUUUAAUUGGUGUCUGGGCUGCUUGGAAGUUUCACAUUGACAAGGGCAUUGACAAUUUCUACAGCCUGCAUUCCUGGUUGGGCCUUGCAUGCCUUUUCCUAUUCUCCAUCCAGUGGGCUGCCGGAUUUGUGACAUUUUGGUACCCGGGAGGUUCAAGGAAUAGCAGAGCUGCGCUUUUGCCAUGGCAUGUGUUCUUUGGCAUCUAUAUCUAUGGUUUGGCUAUAGCUACUGCUGCUACUGGUAUUUUGGAAAAGGCGACAUUCCUUCAGACGAACAAUGUUAUAUCGCGCUAUUCCAGCGAAGCACUACUGGUCAAUACUUUAGGCAUCUUGAUUGUCAUUUUAGGCGGCUUUGUUAUUCUUGGAAUCGUUGCUCCAUCUGGUGGUAAAUCAGAAACCACAAGAGGAAAUGAAUAACUAUACUGAGUGUAUAUGAUUGAAAAAAAAAAAAAAGAAACAUGAACAUGUGUAUUCUCUCUAAUACAACAUUACAUGGAUGUAUGAACAAACUCUUUAAACAUGUAUACAGGCUUUAUUUUCUGUUCAA